AUGGAAGCUCCAGCCCCAGAUUGGUCCGGGCUACCUGCGGAUAUAUUAACCAGCGUCCUCCAGUUGCUGGAGUGCCCGGAUCUACUCCGAUCCGCCUCCGUCUGCACAGCCUGGCACACGACGGUCUCUGCGCUCCGCCGUGUCGGUGUUUGCCCUGCAUGCCAGACGCCCUGUUUACUCUAUUGCACUGAGGCCGCCGGCGGGAGCGCUCUUGGCAUGUACAGUCUUUCAGAGCGAAAGGCCUACACCAUACCCUUACCUGAACCUCCCAUCAACAACUGGAUCGGCUCAUCACACGGAUGGAUAGUCAGCAUGGAUGAAAAGUCUGACCUGACGCUGCUCAAUCCGCUCACUGGUGACAGGAUUGCACUCCCUCCGGCGACGGCCAUGGAGCACGUUAAACCUAUCCUGAAUGACGACGGAGCUCUUGUGAAGUAUGUGGUGUCUUACUACGACGGAGGGCUUCCGAGGGUGGAGGAUACACCCUAUGCAUCUGAUUUGGAUGAGUAUGGUGAUUUUUUCUAUCUUAAGGCAACUUUAUCAUCUGAUCCAUCAAAAGAUUGCAUAUCCCAUGAUGAAUGGUUCUAUGCAAUGACCGAUAAAGGUGCAAUUGAUGUGUUUAAUUUAAAUGGACCAGCUGUCAUCCACAAAAGAGUUUUGCCAAAUAUGUUUUUGUUUGGUGAAAGAUCAUACAUUGUUAAGGCCCCAUGGGGAGAUGUCCUCCAGAAGCGUGACAAGAUGGCUGGAAUAGGUGACUAUGCAUUGUUUAUUGGCAAAAGCACAACAUGCUUCUUUAGUGUGAAGGAUUAUUCAGACUUGAUGCCCAACCAUGUAUAUUUUACUGAUGAUAAUCAUGAGGAACUAGUCACCGGGAAAGAUGAUACCCGUGACAUAGGAGUGUACAACUUGGAAAAUAAUACCACAGAUUUGGCAACGGUGGCGCCGGUGCGUCGUUCCCUUCCUAGAGGUGCUGCUUUUGGAGAACCAUUCUCGCUGUGUGGCAUUCCCAUGGAAGAGCUAUCUGAACAAGUACUCAUUGGUGAUCCCAAGAGGAGCUCUACUUCUUCCAGUACCCAGUAA